AUGGCAGCGCGGGCGCGAGUGGAGACAGAGCAGAGGGCGGGCAAGGCGUGGGCAGUGCUGCAGCAGCAGCAGCAGUGGGGCGAGGGCGAGGGCGCAGGCAGCGUGGCGGGGGAGGCGGUGCGCGCCGGCACACUGGUGACAGUGGGGGAUGUGGAGGGCAACCUCACUGCCUCGCCCUCUGAUGCCCCGCAUGUGGACUCCUUCCAGCGCCUGCUUCUCUACCUGCGCCCGCUCGCCUCGCUCUUCUCGCUGCCCCUCGUUGCCCUCCUCUCCCCCAACGCCACCCACCCACUCGCCCCUCGCUUGCAAUCCCUCAUCGACGCCACGUCAGCGCGUCUCCAAGCUGCCUCUGCCAGCCUGGCAGCGGCCCAGUCAGUCUUGGAGUCGUCUGAGCGGCAGCUGUGGGUGCGGUGUGGCGUGAAGGCGGGGGGCAUGGCGUGGGAAGAGCGGCACGACGGCGAGCUGCAGCGGUACAGAGCGGUGGCGGGGGCAGCGUUUGACAAGUGGUGUGUGGCGUGGGAAGAGGCUCGCCCUUCUCACCGCCUCACUGCUGCCCUCACUGCCCCGCCUCACAUCUGGUGGCGCGGCGGCUUGUGGGAUGGCGAGCGAGGAGCAGCUGGGGUGGAGGCUGCUGCUGCAAGCGAGAGAGGAGGGGGGGUGAAUGCAGGCAGUGCAGCAGGCGAGGGGGAGAGGGAGUCUCCCGAGAUCUCCUUUCUGCUGCUAGCAGAUCCAGGAGCAGCACAGCGCGCAUCAGCGGUGGCAGUGGCGCCACAGCAGGUGGUGCACCGCCUUCAUGCCUGCGCCUCCACACUGCCCCGCAUGCACCCAGCAGCAGCAGCGACAUCACCGCCCAAUCCCACCUUUGAUGCCCACGCUUCCCCUUCCUCUCCUCGCAUGGGCCCUCCUCUAGCGGAGUUGCUGCUGCUGCUCUCACCCGACAGCACCCACGCAGGGCAGCAGGGCGACGAGCAAUCGGGCGAGGGGCAGCAGGCAGGUGGGGUGGAGGCGUGGCAAGAGGCGGGUCGCAGCAUUGACCCGCAGCACAUGCUCGUGCUGCCGCUUGUGGCGCCUCAUGCUCAUGGUGCUGCCGUGCAGGUGAGCGGCGCAGAGGGUGGCGGCGGCGAGGCGACAGAAGGCGGUGCGCGUGCAGUGGGGAUGGCACCGAUGGCAGAGUGGGAGGGAUUCGACCUGCUGGCCCGCGCUGCCACUGGCCGCCUGCUGCUCCUGCUGACAUGGUGGGACCUGCCAGCUGUGAUGCAUGGGGAGGGCGAGGAGGGGUGCAAGUGGCUGGAGCAGCUGACAGCAGGGAUGGCCGAGGAUGGGCGCAUGGGGGUCGUGGGCGUGCGGACAAGCAGAGUGGAGAGGGGCGUGGGGAAGGCAGAGGAGGGGAAGGGCAAGCAAGGAGAGAGGGAGAGAGGGGUGGGUGGUGGAGCAGUGCUGGCAGCAAUGGCGCAGUGGGCUGCGGUGGGCAUGGAGAGGGAGAGGGGGGGUGUGAGUGAGAGUGGUGAUGCAGGCAAGGGGACGGCAAGGGGCAAAGAGGAGGCAGGGAGGCGCCUCACUGGUUACGUGGACGGCACUCCCUUGCUUGUGCGCCGCCACGCCCUCAUGACACUUGGCGGGCUGGGAUUGGCUCCCGGAGCACCAGCUGCAGGUCCGGCAGCAGCAGUGGUGGGUUGGGCUCUGUGCACACGCAUGUGGCUGGCUGGAUUCAAGGUGAGGGCAAUGUGCGCUUUCAGGUGA